AUGACAGCGUCUCCGACAAUCCCCAAGGGCAACACUGCCAUCGACCCGCGCUCGCUGCAGGAGCAAAUGGCCAAGUACGCCCAAGAGGCCGCCAAAAGAGUACGUCCUGACGGAAACGCCCAAUUCCAGGACCUGCACAGCAGCACCGACUCCCGGAUCUGCUCGCUGGCUGAAGACCCGUGGGCAGACCAUGCCGCACUCGACGCCGCCACCCCGGCCCUGAAGGAUGGUGACCAUGUCAGAGUCCUGGUCCUCGGGGCCGGCAUAGGUGGCAUUCUUAGCGCCGUGCGGCUCUCUCAGAAGGGCUUCGGCCCCAGCGACGUCAAGCUGGUCGAUGGGGCGGGCGGUAUCGGAGGCACAUGGUACUGGAACCGCUACCCUGGCCUCCACUGCGACGUUGAAGCAAGCAUCUACAUGCCGCUCCUCGAAGAGAUGGACUACAUGCCCAGCCGGCGGUUCGCGCCGGGUUGUGAGAUCCGUACGUACCUGGAGGGCGUGACUCGGAAGUUUGGGUUCCAGGAUAGCAUCAUGUACCGCACCCACAUCGACAAACUUGUGUGGGAUGACGAGGAGCUCGUCUGGCAGGUGGAGAUGACUACGCGCAGGGGUAGUGGCGGGUCAGAGAAACACCACUUACAAGUACAGGCCGACUUCGUCAUCCUGGCGAGCGGACUCUUCCCUGUGCCCAAGGCACCUAAGCUGGAUGGGCUGUCGAGCUUCGGUGGCCAAAUGUUCCACACAUCGCGUUGGGAUUACGAAGUCACCGGUGGGAGCGGUGAUGAGCCGUUUCCGGUUCUGGAAAAGCUUCAAGGUAAGCGUGUAGGCAUAGUCGGCACCGGCGCAACCGCGGUCCAGGUCAUACCGGUCCUGGCCAAGCAUGCGGCAGAGCUAUUUGUUUUCCAGCGCACACCGUCACAAGUUUUUGAGCGCGGCCAGCACGAAAUGAAACCUGAGCAGUGGCGGCAAAAGGUGGCGACCGGGCCAGGAUGGCAAAAGAGGCGACAGGAGAGCAACGCUCGGUGGAUGGCCUCCGGUGGAACGCUGCGCGGGGUGGAGGAGAAGCUGGUGGACGACGAGUGGUCAGAUUUGGAUGGCUGGUGCAGUGUCCUUGGAGGAGGACCCAUUCCCCCGCCCACGCCGCAAGCAAUACCCGAGUACAUUGGGAAAUAUGUGGCCUUGGAGUUGCCAGGCUCGGAGCGGGCCAGAGCGCGGGUCGACAGGCUAGUCGAGGACACUCAGACGGCGGAGAAGUUGAAACACUGGUAUCCCACCUGGUGUAAGCGGCCGACAUUCCAUGACGAGUACCUACAGACAUACAACCAGUCACACGUAUUGCUGGUGGACACAGACGGAAAAGGCGUAGAGCGUGUUACGGAAAAGGGGGUAGUGGUGGCGGGCACCGAGUAUCCGGUAGACGUGCUGGUUCUCAGCACCGGAUACCGAGCCGUCGGGGCCUCAGAGCCAUCGCUUCUUGUAGGUCUAGACGUCAUCGGCCGGGGAGGACAAACCCUGACGCAAAAGUGGAAGGAUGCGGCAGCUUCGCUGCACGGCGUCAGCUCGCAUGGGUUCCCGAACCUUUUCUGGCUGGGAAACACGCAGGCAGGCACGACGGUCAAUUUCAGCCACGUGCUGGCAGAGGAGUCGUUGCACAUCGCGCACAUCGUCUCGCAGGUGUGCCGAGGCCACGAGAAGCAAAAGGUGGUGGUGGAGGUGACUCGAGAGGCCGAGGAGGAGUGGACGGGCGAGAUCCUAAAGGGUGCCACCUAUGGAUCCGUGGUGGCAGCAUGUCCGCCUAGCUUGCUCACUUCGGAAGGAGAUAUUUUAAAACUGACGCCAGAGGAGGCACUCAAAAGUGCGAGAGCAAGUCCCCUGUCACAUGGGUUGUUGGAGUACGUGAGGCGCAUCGAGGCGUGGAGAAGUCAAGGUGAAAUGCAGGGUUUGAAAAUCACCACGUUGGAGAGUGUUUAG